AUGUGGGAGGGUCGAGACUUGUUGAGGUCAGCGGCCUCUCGCUUCAUCAAGUAUACCAACAACAGUCUACGUGAACAAAAGGCAUCAGAGACAAUACAAGAACUGCAAAAACUCCUGCAGGAAGUUGGCAGGUUAAGUGAAGAGGUCCUCGGAGGACACCUGACCCCGAAGAACAUUAAAGCAAUGCACCUACUGGUGGAGUUCUUCAGCUCAACUGAAUUCAUUACAGAGCUCCUCUCAACACAUCCGCCAUAUCAAGCACUUUCUAGUCUACUCGCGACUGACCUCCAAGAUCUCAUGGACCGUGGACAGUUUUAG